AUGGCCGAAACGCAAACCGGAAAGCGCGUGAAGUACCUUCAAAGCGACAAUGGGGGUGAAUACAAGUCCGACAAGCUGGCACGAUUCUGCGCGGAACGGGGAAUACAACAAAGGUUCACACACCCAUAUACUCCUCAGCUAAACGGAGUAGCUGAGAGAAUGAAUCGCACGCUGGUCGAGUGUGCGCGUUGCAUGAUGGAACACGCUGGACUGGGAAAGAGCUACUGGGGUGAAGCAGUGAUGACGGCGAUGUUUCUUCGAAACCGCUGUCCAACACGUGCCAUUCACCAAGACAAGUCUCCAUAUCAAGUGUGGACGAUGAAGAAACCGAUUCUGGCCAACCUUAAAGUGUUUGGAUGCCACGCGUAUGUUCAAGUGCCUCAAGACAAACGCGCGAAGUUCGACUCCAAGUCAUCACUCUGUCGUUUCCUGGGAUACGCCGAACACCAGAAGUCAUAUCGAUUUGAGGAAGUGUCAACAGGAGCGAUCAAGAUCAGUCGCGAUGCCACAUUCAUGGAAGACAAGUUUGAUGAAGGUCCGCGCAACUACAACGAUGAGUCAAGUGUCGUUGAGUUUGAUGAUCAUGAUGAGGACGAAGAAAAAGAAGAAGGUAAAACUGACGACGACAUGGACUCGAGCGACGAUGACAACGAAGACACCAGGUCUUCGAAGAGCAACAUCAAGAGACACACGCGCACUCAAUCACUUGAGAAAGCUACCGUCAUUCCAAGUCCCAAGCGAAGAACAUACAGAGGUCCGUCGCUUGAGCAUGUGUCAGCGGCUGCAAUGGAUUUUGAAGCAGCCUACAUCGUUGAUUCAGUGGGGGAAACGCCGACUACAUUCAAGUCGGCGAUGGAAUCAAGCGACUCCGGCAAGUGGAAAGAAGCGUGUGACUUGGAGUUCGAUUCGCUUCAGAGAAACGACACGUGGGAAAUCGUGCCUCUUCCGAAAGGUCGCAAGGCCAUCGGGUGCCGAUGGGUUUUUCGUGUAAAGGAGAAUCAAGAUGGCGAAGUUGAACGUUUCAAGGCAAGACUUGUGGCCAAAGGAUUCUCACAGAAAUUCGGAGUUGACUAUGAAGAAACUUUCGCACCGGUGGCCAAGUUCACAUCGAUUCGUGUGGUGCUCAGUAUGGCGGCUAAGUACGGCCUAAUGCUACAUCAGAUGGACGUCAAGACAGCGUUUCUUAACGGCUCCCUCAACGAAGACAUCUACAUGGACCAGCCGGACGGAUACCUGGAUGCAACACAGCCGGACUAUGUGUGCAAGCUAAAGAGAUCACUCUACGGCUUGAAGCAAUCGCCUCGCAUGUGGAACCAAACAAUCGAUGGGUUCAUGAUCAAGAUGGGAUUCAAGAAGUGCGAAUCGGACCACUGCAUCUACAUCAAGCGAGACGACCAAGACAUGAUUCUCGUGGUGCUCUACGUCGAUGAUCUCAUCCUGGCCAGCAGCAACAACGAACUCCUCAAGUCAACCAAGAUGGCGCUGAGCAAACGCUUCGAAAUGACGGAUCUCGGUGAGCUCGAUUACUUUCUCGGCAUGGAGAUCAAGAACGACCGUAAGACGGGAAUGGUGACUGUACAACAAACCAAGUUUCUCAAGUCCGUGUUAACCAAGUUCGGAAUGGAUAACAGCAAGCCAGUGAAGACGCCUCAAGAUCCCGGCCUGAAGCUAACCAAGAACAUGUGUGAACAAGAAUGCAAGCACGAAGACACCAUGUGCAACGUGCCAUAUCGAAGUGCUGUCGGAGGCAUCAUGUAUCUCAUGGUCGCCACACGUCCGGAUCUAGCUGCUGCAGUGGGAUCAUUAUCCCAGUUCUCGUCCGACCCAUGCCCGACUCACUGGCAAGCUUUGAAGCGUGUGCUGAGAUACCUGCAAGCAACGCCCAAUCAUGGUCUUGAGUUUACACGUGAAGAAGGAAGCCGUAUCUGCGGGUACACCGACGCAGACUGUCAUGCAUCAGCUGGAAAAGACAGAAACAACGGACGGUCGCGCUAUCUUCAACAAAAGCAGAAUACAUGGCGCUUUCCGAAGCAACCAAAGAAGCAGUAUGGCUCAAAGUGCUUUUGGGGGAACUUGGUGAGAUGA